GCCCUCUCAACAUCUCCGACAAUGGUCCGCCUUGCCACCCUCAUGUCGGCCGUCACGCUCGCCGGCAGCACCGCCAGCGCGACCUACGGCGGCGCGGUCCAGGACGUCAGCGGCUUCACCUACGUGACAAAGGGCCCCGCCAGGGAGGGCAACAUCCGGGACUACUGGUACCCAACCUCGCAGACAGCCCUCAGCAAGCUCAAGGCCCUGUUGGGCCCGGACCGCCUCAAGGAGCUCCUCGCGCCCGAGAUCUCAAAGGCCGACGACUUCUGGCGCGACAUCGUCGCCCGCUCCACGGGCGCCAGCUGGAAGGCUGCCGAGGGCCGCACGCUAGCCUUCCUGCCCAACGUGACGGCCAUGGACUUCAAGCGCUGGUUCAGCAGCCCGCUCGCCGACGCGGCCAACAACGACGCCAACGCCGAGCACUACUACAAGAAGACGGUCGCCGACCCGGCCUCGGGCGUGAUGCGCUCCGAGAUCAUCGAGGGCUGGGGCGGCGUCAUCACCCACUUCACCGUACCCAACUUCGCCGCCGUCGACCGCGCGCGCCACCCCAUGCUACGCGAGCUGCCCGAGUUCCCCAUCCAGUUCGCCGGCGAUAAGACGCUGCUCGACGGCACCGUCUUUGGCGUCCUGCACAUCGCCGUCCGCGACGUCAAGCCGUCCGAGUACCCGGACUACGGCGGCGCAAAGGGCAUCGAGGUCUACGCCGCCGUUUGGUACGGCGACGCCUCAGAAGACGCGCACCUCGAGACGGAGCGCGAGCACAUGAUCAUCGAGGAGAUCAACAUGUCGCUGCAGUGCCAGAGGGACAUUGUCUCUGGUCGCCUGCCCCCGGCCGCCUAACUUGCCCAU